UCGACAACCAAAGCCAAAGCACAAGCUACACACACAAGCACGAAUGGCUCCUCACACCAUGAUCACUUGGGCCGUCGGCCUAUGCCUGCUAGUCUUCCUGGCCUCGCCACCACCGGCAUCACUCGCCGCUGCAGCAAGAGCCACACCACCCAACGCCACCGCCGCCGACCCAACGGAGGGGUUCACGGCAGUGAGUCUAACCGAGGAAAACUUCCUCCUACAACGUCCCUACGACGAGUCAAUCGGCGCCCGGUACAGCUUCGACGGCACGGUGCGCCGCCUCUGGGUUCUGGCCUCCGACAAGCCGCACGCCCGGCAGAGCCACACGAGCCCGAGAACGGAGAUGAGGAUGAAGGGUUACGACUACAGCUCCGGCGUGUGGCAGUUCGAGGGCUACGGCUACGUCCCUUCCGGCACCUCCGGGGUGUCCGUCAUGCAGGUCUUCGGCGGCGGCGAGACGGCCACCACGCUCAUGCUGCACGUCUACGGCGGCGCGCUCCGGUACUAUGAUAGGCAGGUGGUAGAGGACGGCAUCUAUGAUCGUUGGUUCCGGCUCAAUGUGAUCCAUGAUGUGGAAGCGUCCGUGCUCAUCGUGUUCAUUGACGGCGUGGAGAAGCUCCGGGUGCCCGGGCGGGGUGGUGACAUGCAUUAUUUCAAGUUUGGGGUGUAUGCGCAGAACCAUGACUCUAGUCGCAUGGAGUCCCGCUGGAAGGACGUCAAGAUCCUCAGGAAGGAUUGAAAUUUACUACGGAGUAGUACAUACUUAUUUAUUUAUUCAUUUAUUGUAGAUAUUGGUAUAUUAUAUUGCAGAGCUACUAUGAUUGUAUUGUGCAUAUAUGUAUGGAUUUUAUGACAGUGUGUGUAUAUGAGGAUUUUACUCUA